CGUGCGCGGUCAGUCGGUUGCGCGCCGGUCGAGUGUGCGGACGGACUUGUCGUCGGUGGUUUUUUUGGUGUACUUGGGCGGGAUUUUAUGCGAGUUGCAGGAUAGAACGGUGUAGCAGGGUGUCCCUUCGUAAGGGAUGACGAUAACAAAAGAGAAGAGAAGAUACCAGGAAGAUAGGAAGCGAGCUUGCAAAAUCGGCAUACAACCGAAGUACCUAUGUCCAUGAACAUUAUGAUUAACAACCGCCCUUCCUAGGUGUAAGGAGACAGUGAGCUGUUGGUCCGAUUGACAAAAUGACGACCGACAUCUCGGUAGUACGCGGGGGUUGGGACCCUACGCUGCAACAAGAGAUUGUCGAUGAGUACGAAUACGACGGAGGAAACUCGAGCUCGAGACUUUUCGAACGCUCGCGCAUCAAAGCUUUAGCGGGUGAACGCGAAUUAGUACAAAAGAAAACUUUUCAAAAAUGGGUGAAUUCCCAUCUUGUGCGAUGUUCCUGCCGCAUCGGCGACUUGUACGUCGAUCUUCGAGAUGGAAAGAUGCUAAUAAAACUUUUGGAAAUCUUGUCGGGAGAACGUUUGCCCCGGCCAACGAAAGGAAAAAUGCGAAUUCAUUGUUUGGAGAACGUUGACAAGGCAUUGCAAUUUUUGCGCGAGCAACGAGUUCAUCUUGAAAACAUGGGAUCGCACGACAUAGUGGACGGCAAUCCCCGGCUCAGUUUGGGUCUGAUUUGGACUAUAAUUUUACGAUUUCAAAUUCAAGACAUAACGAUCGAAGAAACGGACAACCAGGAAACGAAAUCCGCAAAGGACGCUUUGCUUCUCUGGUGUCAGAUGAAAACGGCGGGCUAUCACAACGUAAACGUUAGAAAUUUCACAACAUCUUGGCGCGAUGGUCUAGCCUUUAACGCUAUUAUCCACAAACACCGUCCAGACUUAAUACAAUUCGAUAAGUUGUCGAAAUCGAACGCUAUUUAUAAUCUCAACAAUGCAUUUAACGUUGCCGAAGACAAACUUGGCCUUACCAAACUGCUGGAUGCGGAGGACAUUUUCGUCGACCAUCCGGAUGAGAAAUCGAUCAUCACAUACGUGGUAACGUACUAUCAUUACUUCUCUAAGAUGAAGCAGGAGACCGUUCAAGGUAAGAGAAUCGGUAAAGUCGUCGGUAUCGCUAUGGAGAACGAUCGUAUGAUACACGAAUAUGAAAGCUUGACCAGCGAUUUGUUACGGUGGAUCGAAGCGACCAUAGAGGCUCUCGGCGAUCGCAGAUUCGCUAAUUCUUUGGUCGGCGUUCAGUCCCAGCUUUCUCAAUUCUCGAAUUAUCGUACGGUCGAAAAGCCGCCUAAGUUCGUUGAAAAGGGUAACCUGGAAGUAUUGUUAUUCACGUUGCAAUCAAAGAUGCGCGCCAAUAACCAAAAGCCGUACACUCCGAAAGAGGGUAAAAUGAUAUCGGAUAUAAAUAAGGCUUGGGAGAGAUUAGAGAAGGCCGAGCACGAGCGAGAGUUAGCUUUACGCGAGGAACUGAUACGUCAGGAAAAAUUGGAACAAUUGGCGGCGAGGUUCAAUCGUAAAGCCAGUAUGAGAGAAACUUGGCUAUCCGAAAAUCAACGAUUGGUCUCGCAAGAUAAUUUCGGUUUCGAUCUUGCUGCCGUCGAGGCAGCUGCUAAGAAGCACGAGGCAAUAGAAACGGACAUCUUUGCUUACGAGGAACGCGUACAGGCUGUGAUGGCGGUAUCGCAGGAAUUGGAGGCAGAGAAUUACCAUGACAUCGAACGAAUCAAUGCGCGAAAAGACAACGUCUUGCGUCUUUGGAAUUAUCUUUUGGAAUUGCUACGAGCCAGACGAUCAAGAUUAGAACUAUCUUUGCAACUGCAACAAAACUUCCAAGAAAUGUUGUAUAUCCUCGAUAGCAUGGAAGAGAUAAAAAUGCGUUUAUUAACUGACGACUAUGGAAAGCACCUUAUGGGCGUCGAAGAUCUCCUGCAGAAGCAUUCGCUCGUCGAAGCCGACAUCAAUGUCUUGGGAGAAAGAGUGAAGGCCGUUGUGCAACAGACGCAAAGAUUUUUGGAGCACGGAGAUGGAUACCGACCUUGCGAUCCGGCGAUCAUCGUCGAGCGAGUCCAACAGCUCGAAGAUGCCUAUGCCGAGUUGGUUCGCUUGGCUGUAGAGCGUCGCGCGAGAUUAGAGGAAUCUCGUAAACUUUGGCAAUUCUAUUGGGACAUGGCCGACGAGGAAAAUUGGAUUAAAGAGAAGGAACAGAUCGUAUCUACGGGAGAUAUCGGUCACGACUUGACUACCAUCAAUUUGUUACUGUCGAAACACAAAGCAUUGGAAAACGAAAUUCAAUCGCACGAGCCACAACUGAUGUCCGUUGCUGCCGUUGGCGACGAAUUGGUGCGUCAGCAACACUUUGGCGCCGAUCGUAUCCAAGAAAGACUCCAAGAAAUCUUGGGAAUGUGGAAUCAUCUUUUGGAUCUCGUUGCGUUCAGAAGGAAACGUCUCGAGGAGGCCGUCGAUUAUCAUCAAUUAAUCGCAGAUGCGGAUGACAUCGACAUUUGGAUGUUGGACACGCUGCGACUCGUGUCGUCGGAAGACGUUGGCAGGGACGAGGCUAACGUGCAGUCGUUGUUGAAGAAACACAAGGACGUAACCGAUGAACUUAAAAAUUAUGCCGCCACCAUCGAUCAACUUCAUCAGCAAGCAUCCGGCCUUGGGGAACGGGAUGCUAAAUCGCCCGAGGUUUUGGAAAGACUUGCUUCGAUCGAUUCCAGAUACAAGGAAUUAUUGGAAUUAGCCAAACUACGUAAGCAAAGACUAUUAGACGCGCUAUCUUUGUACAAGCUGUUCAGCGAAUCCGAUGGCGUCGAACAAUGGAUCGGUGAGAAGAAUAGAAUGCUGGAUACGAUGGUUCCGGCCAAGGAUAUCGAGGACGUGGAGAUCAUGAAGCACAGGUACAACGGUUUUGAAAAGGAAAUGAACGCGAAUGCGUCGCGAGUAGCAGUGGUGAAUCAAUUGGCGAGACAGCUGUUGCACGUUGAACAUCCAAACUCGGAACAGAUAGUGGCACGUCAAAAUGAGUUGAAUCAAAAGUGGGCAGAAUUGCGAGAGAAGGCGGAAGGUAAACGCGAAGAACUCAAUUCCGCUCACGGCGUACAAACCUUCCAUAUCGAGUGCCGAGAAACCGUGUCCUGGAUCGAAGAUAAAAAGCGAAUUCUACAACAAACCGACAGUUUGGAAAUGGAUCUAACCGGCGUUAUGACGUUGCAACGUAGAUUAAGCGGCAUGGAACGCGACUUAGCUGCCAUACAAGCUAAGCUCGAUGCAUUGGAGAAGGAGGCACAGGUGAUCGAACAGGAACAUCCGGAAGAGGCGGCCGUGAUCCGCGAUAGAAUAGCACAAAUUCAUCUGAUAUGGGAACAACUAACGCAAAUGCUUAAGGAACGCGAUGCCAAGCUCGAGGAAGCUGGUGAUUUACACAGGUUCCUGCGCGAUCUCGAUCACUUCCAGGCUUGGCUGACCAAAACGCAGACCGACGUUGCCAGCGAGGAUACGCCGACCAGUUUGGCCGACGCCGAGAAAUUACUUACUCAACAUCAGAACAUAAAGGAAGAGAUCGACAAUUACACCGAUGAUUAUCAAAAGAUGAUGGAGUAUGGUGAAAGAUUAACGAGCGAAGCCGGCGACGGUGACACGCAGUACAUGUUCUUGCGAGAGAGGUUGAACGCCCUAAAAAUGGGUUGGGAAGAAUUACACCAGAUGUGGGCGAACAGGCAAAACUUAUUGUCCAAUUCGCUUAACCUCCAAGUGUUCGAUCGCGACGCUAGGCAAGCCGAGGUGCUUUUGUCGCAACAGGAGCACACCCUCGCCAAGGACGAGACGCCGGCGAACUUCGAGCAAGCUGAACAUAUGAUUAAACGUCACGAAGCGUUUAUGACUACGAUGGAUGCGAACGAUGAGAAGAUAAACUCGGUAGUUCAAUUCGCCGGAAGGCUCGUCGACGAAGGACACUUCGCUGCCGACAAAGUGAAGAAAAAGGCUGAAAAUAUAAACGAGCGCAGACGCGUCAAUCGCGAAAAAGCCAAUCAAUUGAUGGAAAAAUUAAAGGACCAACUUCAACUUCAAAUGUUCUUACAAGACUGCGAGGAAUUGGGUGAAUGGGUACAAGAGAAACAUAUCACUGCUCAAGACGAAACUUAUCGUAGCGCGAAAACGGUACACAGCAAGUGGACGCGCCAUCAAGCGUUCGAAGCCGAAAUUGCGAGCAACAAAGAUCGUCUGCAACAAUUGCAGAAAGCCGCGGACGAACUGAUCCAACAAAAGCCCGAAUUCGUAGAAUUAAUAAAACCGAAAGUAGCCGAGUUGGGUGAUCAAUUUACCGAUCUUGAAACUACCACCCACGACAAGGGCGAACGUCUCUUUGACGCUAAUCGCGAAGUCCUGAUACAUCAAACGUGCGACGAUAUUGAUUCGUGGAUGAACGAGCUGGAAAAGCAAAUAGAAAGUACCGAUACGGGUUCGGACUUGGCGUCCGUGAAUAUCUUGAUGCAGAAACAACAGAUGAUCGAGACUCAAAUGGCGGUGAAGGCACGACAGGUUACCGAAUUGGACAAACAAGCGGAGCAUUUACAGCGCACCGUACCCGACGAUAAGAUGGAGGAAAUUAAGUGUAAGAAGGAAAAGGUCGCGCAAAGGUUCGCGCAAUUGAAGGCACCGCUGAUAGAUCGGCAACGGCAUCUCGAGAAAAAGAAGGAGGCCUUUCAAUUCAGGCGAGACGUCGAAGAUGAGAAAUUAUGGAUAGCAGAAAAGAUGCCACAAGCCACGAGUACGGAGUACGGUAACUCCCUCUUCAACGUGCACAUGCUUAAAAAGAAGAAUCAGUCGUUGCGCACGGAGAUCGAUAAUCACGAGCCUCGUAUCAAUUUGGUAUGUAACAACGGGCAGAAAUUAAUCGACGAAGGUCACGAGGACAGUCCUGAAUUUACCAGACUCAUCUCGGAAUUGACGGAGAAGUGGAAGGAACUAAAGGACGCAGUAGACGACAGGAACAAGCAUUUGCUUCAAAACGAGAAGGCACAACAGUACUUCUUCGAUGCUACGGAAGCGGAAUCCUGGAUGAGCGAACAAGAAUUGUACAUGAUGGUCGAAGAUCGUGGCAAGGAUGAAAUCUCAGCGCAAAAUCUUAUGAAGAAACACGAAUCUUUGGAACACGCUGUCGAGGAUUAUGCCGAUACGAUUCGUCAACUCGGAGAAACUGCCAGACAACUGAUAAACGAUCAACAUCCGUUAGCCGAUCAAAUUGCGGUGAAGCAAUCGCAGGUCGACAAAUUGUACGCCGGCUUAAAGGACCUUGCCGGUGAACGUCGUGCUAAAUUGGACGAGGCCCUUCAAUUGUUUAUGUUAAGUCGAGAAGUGGAUGACUUGGAACAGUGGAUCGCGGAAAGGGAAUUGGUAGCCGGUAGUCACGAGUUAGGUCAAGAUUACGAUCAUGUUACUCUUUUGUGGGAAAGAUUUAAAGAGUUCGCACGUGAUACUGAAGCAAUUGGUUCGGAAAGAGUUGCCGCGGUUAAUGAUAUUGCCGAUUCAUUAAUAGCAACCGGACAUUCGGAUGCCGCAACGAUCGCCGAAUGGAAGGACGGCUUGAACGAAGGUUGGCAAGAUCUGCUCGAAUUGAUCGAAACUCGUACGCAAAUGUUAGCAGCUAGCCGGGAGUUACACAAGUUCUUCCACGAUUGUAAAGACGUUCUUGGAAGAAUUCUUGAAAAACAAAAUGCCAUGUCCGACGAGUUGGGUCGCGACGCUGGAUCCGUAUCUGCGCUUCAACGCAAACACGCAAACUUUAUGCAAGAUUUGUCAACUUUACAAAGCCAGGUAUCGCAGAUACAAGAGGAAUCGGCGAAAUUGGAGACCAGUUAUGCCGGAGACAAGGCAAGGGAAAUUACGAAUCGAGAAGCCGAAGUGGUCGCUGCAUGGAACAACCUUCAAUCCUUGUGCGAAGGUAGACGAGCGAAAUUAGAAGACACUGGAGAUCUUUUUAGAUUCUUUAACAUGGUCAGGACUUUAAUGAUCUGGAUGGACGACGUUGUAAGACAGAUGAACACCUCUGAAAAGCCACGAGAUGUCGGUGGGGUUGAACUCUUAAUGAAUAACCAUCAAAGCUUAAAAGCGGAAAUCGAUGCCAGGGAGGACAAUCUCAUGGCGUGUAUUAAUCUUGGAAAAGACUUAUUAGCUAGGAAUCAUUAUGGUAGUGCUCAAAUCAAAGAAAAAUUAGCAGCACUAACGGAUCAUAGAAAUGCUCUGUUACAUCGAUGGGAGGAACGUUGGGAGAACCUGCAGUUGAUUCUGGAAGUCUAUCAAUUUGCUCGAGAUGCCGCUGUCGCUGAGGCAUGGUUAAUCGCUCAAGAACCAUAUCUUAUGAGUCAAGAACUGGGUCAUACUAUCGACGAAGUCGAAAACUUAAUUAAGAAGCACGAAGCUUUUGAAAAAUCGGCAGCUGCGCAAGAGGAAAGGUUUAGUGCCUUGCAUCGACUUACUACUUUCGAAUUAAAAGAAUUAAAGAGACGAGAGCAAGAGAAAGAGGAAGAAGAAAGAAGGAAGAAAGAAGAGGCUGCAGCAGCCGAAGCGGCAAGAUUAGCAAAAGCAACUCCCGUUACCAGUCCAGACGAACCGCCUAGCGAAAGAACCGAAGCCGAGGGUGUACCGAGCGGCGAACGUGUAGCAGGGGAAGAUGACUCGCAUGUGACACACCGCAAGGCUUCCACGCGUACACCACAGCCUCAAGAUAAACCUAAGGAAGUGCAUGCUCAGAAACCUACCCAAUUGUCUUUGGCGGGAGAAACAACGUCACCUGUUACACAAAUUACUACGAAGUCUCGACCAAGUGGCCUAUCCACACCAACCACUCCCAAAGGUGGAAGUGGUUCCGAAUCUGGUACUUUAAGGCGUAAGGAACGAAGUCGCAGCAAAUCGCCCUUCCGAAGCUUCCGAUGGAAAAAAUCGACCAAAUCACCCAGUUUAGAUCGCAGCGGUGUGAGUGAUGAUGAGCACAGCAUUCCCGAACAACGUAGUCCCAGCGAUGACGAAUUCGAAGGAACAUUACAAAGAAAACAUGAGUGGGAAAGUACAACAAAGAAGGCAACUAAUCGUUCUUGGGAGAAAGUAUACAUAGUUAUACGAGGACAAAACUUGUUUGUAUAUAAAGAUCAAAAGACAUAUAAGGCUUCACCUGAUCAACGGUACAAAGGAGAAGCACCCCUUGACUUAAGAGGCGCGACCAUUACUGUAGCCACUGAUUACACUAAGAAGAAACAUGUCUUCCGAGUAAAGUCGCAAAGCGGGUCCGACUUCUUGUUCCAGGCCAAAGAUGAUGCAGAGGUAAAUGAAUGGAUAUCGGCAUUAAAUCAAGCAGCACAAGGUACAUCCGGUGCGGGUACAUCCAGAGCACAUACUUUGCCUGCUCCAACGCAAGCCGAGACUAAGCGGCGCAGUUUCUUCACUCUCAAGAAAAACUAAACUGGAGCAGUGAAGUCCGGUAUAAGCCGCUCCUAUGCGCCAGCGCAACAACAUGUUUAAAGAAAUGUUUCGUCGCUCUACGUGGUUAAAGCAACGCUAAUAUAAAAUUAGAAGACAUGGCCAUGGUGUUUUCAAAUUAAUUGAAGGACAAAUUUAUCGCGUCAUUUAAAAAAUGCCUACAAUCUGAAGGAUUCACUAACGUGAGAGUUAUGUUAAUAUUGAAAAGUAGGCUCUUUAAAGUCUGUAUUUAGUUCUUCAAUGAAUUUUGGACACUGCAAUAUUGCUAGUUAAAACAGAGUGACAUUAAGUGUCCCAUGUUAGUGUGGUCUCUCAAUGAUUUCUUUCUUUCAGAAUUAUAUUGAUACUUUCUUUUCUUAUAUUGCAAUAGAUAUAUAUCAUUUAUCUCUUUGACUAUGAUUAAAAAUUAACAUUUAAUUACAAAACUUCUAAAUUUCUUAUGCGCGCGCGUGGAUGAUUACAUGAUUAUAUUUCAAGGCCUUGUAGAAUACAAAAAUGUGACUUGUAAUAGUAUUGUGAAGGAUACUUGCAUUACCAGAAUAUAUUCAUAAUUCUGUGUAUGAUAUCAUUCUUGUUUAAAGUGUAUAAAGUAUAUUAUACCUUAAUUAUAAUGAAAAUUAUUAUUUUCUUUUAAAUCUGUAUUUCAUUAUCAUUACUUUCAUUCAAAGAUUUUAAUUUUUCUCGCAAACGGUUUGUUUGCGUUUGAAUAACUGCCAUAUAUUUUAAAAUACACACUAAUUUGGGACAUAAUAUUAUAAUAAAUUAGCUUUUAACAAAUUGUUAAAUAUGCAUUGCCCUAAGGGAAAUACGCAUUAAAAAAUUAUAAAGAAACUGUAACAAUUAACAAGAGUUCCCUCUUAUAUGAUCCCAAUUAUUAUAAUUCUAUAGAAUUAAAAAAGAUAUUUAAUUCUUUAGAUAUGUGCAAAUGUUAUGAUUUAUAUCAAGUGUAUAUCAAAGGUGGACCACAAAUGGUUUCAUCUUAUCAAUAAGGCAAAUCACAUUCAUCGCAUGAUUUUGCCAUAAUACUUGAUAAAAUGCGGGCUAUAUUACUUUUAUAAUUGUUAAUUUUUUUAAUAUUUAUCAAGUUCAUCUUGUUUCUUAGAAUAUAAGAUUCACAACCACACAUUUACAAAAUUUUCUGAACAACUCUUAAAGAUUAAGUGCUUACUUUGGUAAUCAUACAAUCCUUAUAAGAAACCAUUAAUUUCUUUUAUAUUAAACUCAAUGCGACUCAUUCAAUCCGACUUAUUCCAUUUUAUGGAACGCACGCUCUUAGUAAUAGUAUAUCUUAUCUUUACGGAUUUUUUAAUAGCACUUGCCGAACGUUGGAGAAGAAAGGGUUCUUAGUAUUAUGAGAUCAUGAUAUCAAUAAGUCUUGUUCCACAGGGAAUUGUAUAUACAAAAAUAUAUAAUAUACCCAUUUAAAAGGUACCAGCUUAAUCAAAACAAUAAUGCAUACGCUUCUAUAAGUUGAUACAUGUGCAUUUAGCAUAAAAUAUUUCUAAAUGUUAGAGUCGCAUUGGAAAUAUUCAACACAAUUUGGUAUGUAAUAGCUAUGUGUUUUCUAUAUACAUGCAUAUAUAUGCAUUUUUAUAUGUAUAUAUAAAAUGUAUUUUUUAUAUAUAUAUAUAAUAUGCAAAAAAAAAAAAAUAAAAAAUUUUAAGUUAUAAGAAAUGAUUAUAAUAGAUAAUAUAUAAUUGUAAAACUAAAAGAUUGCUCUUUUCGUUUUAAAACGGCCUUCCUCAUAAAAACAAAUUACAGGUUAUAGGAGAAAAAUCAUCCACACAAGCUUCGCUAAUCAUCAAUCAACGUUAACUACAACGGGCGCGCGCGUGCGCGAUUUUAGAUUUAUAAAACAAUAUAAUUAUAUGCCAAAUUUUACUUUAUACGUCUAUAAAAAAUGUACAGCUGGGCUACAAUAUGGGAUAUUUCAAGGGGCCGCUUUAACAGGAAAAGAACUUAUAUGCAGCAUUAUGUAAUUGUAAUUACAGCUGCGCUCUUGGAAUUGUGAAGCUAUAUACAUUUAAUUGACACGAAAUUUUAAUUUUUUUUCUUAUCGAAAAGUGAAAAUAGUAAUUUUAUUUCAUUUUACUAUUAUUAUCGGGCACAUAGAUUUAUUUUUUGUUUCUAUGAUAGAAUUUUUCUGUUCCUUUUUUGUCUUUCUUUUUUCUAUUCACGUUACAAGCAUGAAGGAGCACUGCAAUGCAUGCACUUAUGUUUUAUAAGUGUAACAUUAUUAAUGAUACAUCAAUUUUGAAUGUGCCUUUCUAUAGCUUUCUAAAACUUUAUUCGAUAAUAAUGUACGAUAUAAGAAGGAUUCAUAAUUGCUACUGAUGUAAACAUACAAUUUAAUAAUAUCUGUUAUCCUUUCAAUAUACGUUGGAACGAAAAAACUAUUUAUCAUCUAACGUUUUUCUUAUAAAAGAAAGAUAUUAGAAAGAUAUCUACUAAUUCUCUGAAGUUUAUUGAAAGUGCUUUGUAAUAAGUAUAUUGUUCCUUUUUUGGUCAAUAACUUGGAUGUAAUAAGUAUAGAUGGAAAAACUGCCAAUACAGAGAAAAGAAUGACUUUAGACAAUAGUACUACUCCUAGUGCUUCGAUUUACUGCUUUAUCCGGUUUUCAAAACUCGAUGGAAUCACAGUAUAUAAUUAAAUGUUUAUACUUAUAAGACAGAAUAAAAAUUCGUCAUGUGCUGCAAAAAUGAAA